AUGUCUUCCCUUUUUGAUGCCGUGAUUCAGUCCGAAUUGGGCUCAGGGCCCGCUCAUGAGAACCUGCGAUCCGAUCAGCUCCCUAGUUCUCGACGUUCUGAGAGCAAUGGGCCCAUGAGUGAUAUGAAUGCCUACGCUGAUGACCAAAUGGUAACGGGAGGAAGCUCGACAAUUAGCCGUCUGCGAAACCCGUAUACCCCUGGCCCCCCGCAAGUGGUCGAUGAUGCAGGAGAGCAAGUCCGGAGCGCAUUUGAAGACAUGCUUGAGGAAUACAUGGAUGAACCAUCGUCUUCUGCACCCAUUUCUUCCGGAGAGGUUCUUAGUGAUAGGUAUUAUAUCGCUCAGAUCAAGGGAAUGAAAAAAUUUGAGUUGUCGACUCUUUACGUUGAUUUUACACACCUUGCAGCCUGGAGAAAUCCUAUUCUCGCAGACGCUGUUGCCACUCAAUACUACCGAUUCCUCCCCUUCCUUACCACCGCGCUGCACAACCUUAUCGCCAAGUACGAACCGGAAUAUUUCGUCUCCCACAGAUUGACAUCCAACACAUCGGAAGCAGCUACCUCCACUGCUUCAGCAUAUGGUAGCGCUACCGACAACCCCGAUCUGGACCGCCAUAUCCGCGAAAAGACCCGUCACCAGCAAACAGACAAGCUAUUUGCGCUUGCAUUCUAUAACCUUCCUUUGGUUUCCAGACUUCGACAACUUCGGACCAACCAGAUCGGAAAAUUGCUGUCUGUCUCCGGAACCGUGACAAGAACUUCCGAAGUUCGCCCAGAAUUGUCGCUCGGAACCUUCAUCUGCGAGGGCUGCAAGACUGUGGUCCCGAAUGUCGAGCAGACGUUCAAAUACACAGAGCCCGCGGAGUGCCCCAACAAAAACUGCGGCAACCGUGUCGGGUGGCGUCUUGAUAUCGGCAAGAGUACAUUCAUCGAUUGGCAAAAGAUCAAACUUCAAGAAUCAUCGCACGAGAUCCCAACUGGUAGCAUGCCCCGCACAAUGGAUGUGAUCCUGCGCGGUGAGAUGGUUGACCGCGCCAAGGCCGGUGAGCGUUGCGUGUUCACUGGUACCUUGAUUGUCGUUCCUGAUGUCAGUCAACUGGGUCUUCCCGGUGUGCGCCCCGAAGCUGUCCGCGACAACAACUCCUUCCGAGGCACCGAGGUCGGCUCUGCUGGAGUCACUGGCUUGAAGUCUUUGGGUGUGCGCGAUUUGGCCUAUCGAUUAGCGUUCCUCUCUUGCAUGGUAACCCCAGACACAACGACCCCUGGCCAGAAGCCCGAACAACAGCUUAGCGGCCAGUCGAAUAACAUCCUGGCAUCUUUGAACCAGAACCAGGAGGAGGAUAGUGGCGAUGACUCGGCUCAGGAGGCGUUCCUCCAGAGUCUCACCCCAGCUGAGGUUCAGGACCUGAAGCAAUUAGUGCACUCUGAUUACAUCUAUUCCCGGCUUGUCGAUUCCAUCGCACCCAUGAUCUAUGGCCAUGAACAGAUCAAGAAGGGUCUCUUGCUGCAGUUGAUUGGUGGUGUUGGCAAGUCCACCUCGGCAGAGAGCCUGAAGUUGCGUGGUGAUAUCAACAUCUGUAUUGUUGGUGACCCCUCAACCAGUAAGAGUCAGUUCUUGAAGUACAUUUGCUCUCUGCACCCUCGUGCAGUCUACACCAGUGGAAAAGCUUCCUCCGCAGCUGGUUUGACCGCGUCGGUGGUGAAGGACCCCGAGACAGGCGAGUUCACCAUUGAAGCCGGUGCUCUCAUGCUUGCAAAUGGUGGUGGUAUCUGUGCCAUCGACGAGUUUGACAAGAUGGACAUCGCCGAUCAAGUCGCCAUUCACGAAGCUAUGGAACAGCAGACGAUUUCCAUUGCCAAGGCUGGUAUUCACACCACCCUGAAUGCCCGUGCAUCCAUUCUUGCAGCCGCAAACCCUGUGAAUGGCCGCUACGACCCGAAGCAAACACUCCGCAAUAACCUCAACUUCAGCGCUCCCAUCAUGAGUCGUUUCGAUGUCUUUUUCGUCAUUCGCGAUGACCCCAAGGAGUCUGUCGACCGCAGUUUGGCAGAGCACAUUGUCAACGUGCACAUGAACCGCGAUGAGGCCGUUAAGCCAGAGCUCACAACGGAACAGCUGCAGCGCUACAUUCGGUUCGCUCGCACCUUCCGCCCCGUUUUCACCGAGGAGGCCAAAACUCUUCUGGUCGAGAAGUAUAAGGAGCUGCGUUCUAACGAUGCCCAGGGCGGUAUUGGCCGUUCUUCAUAUCGUAUCACCGUCCGUCAGCUGGAGUCGUUGAUUCGUCUGUCCGAGGCCGUAGCCAAGGCGAACUGUGUUGAGGAAGUUAUUCCCAAAUUUGUCAUCGAGGCAUUCAAUCUUCUCCGCCAGAGUAUCGUGACUGUGGAGAAGGACGAUGUUGAGAUUGACGAGGAGGGUCCUGUUCCUGAAACCGAAGAGGACCAGGCUAUGGCUAACGACGAUGCUGAGGGAGACGACCGGAUGGGUGACGCUGAAGAUCCUGCGCCCGCUGGCAGAAAGCGUGAAGGCAAUAAGAUUAAGGUCACAUACGACAAAUACCACAGCGUCCUGAACCACCUUGUCAGGCGCUUGAUUGAGGAUGAAAAGACCUCAGCCGAGGGUGUCGAGCAGGAAGAUCUUAUCCUCUGGUAUCUGGAGCAGAUCGAAGGCGAGCUUGACAACGAAGAUGAUUACGUUCGUGAGCGUAAGCUUGCAAAGAUGGUGCUGAAAACCAUGACCAAGGACAACAUUGUUCUCCGUAUUUCCGGAAGCGGUCUCACAGAAGGCUCCGGAGAGGUCCAGCAAGAUAACAAGAUUCUUUACGUUUUGCAUCCCAACUGCAACAUCGAUGACAUGUGA